AUGAUAGGUAUGCUGAAUCGCCCGGGCAUGCCUGAUGUAACACUAAGAAUCGGCCUAGAUCACGUCCUGGGGAGGCCAUCAACCAGGUUUCGCAAGGUACAGGUGAUUGCUGUGUUUCUGUUUUGGUCAUAUUAUCUAUUAAGAGGAAAUAAACACGGUCCGCCUGUCGUCCGCGGCAUUUCAGCUCGUCUUUCCCGAAGAUUGACCGUCUGGCAAACCACAGUCGUAGUAGUUCUGUGGCUCUAUUUCUGUCGGAACUUCGCCAAAAUCGUAGGACUUGAGUCACCCGAACCUUUAGCGAACCUUUAUUCUCGAUCAUUCUUCCGCGCAACAUGGAUUACAACGGCACUGGAUGCUGGCUUCUGGACUGCAAUGAGAGUCCGACCAAAGUGGCUCCGAGAUAUAUUGUCCUUGAUUGGCACUGUCUAUUAUCUUUUCGCGGCAGAGCAGGCUGAUGAUAAAGUUCGCCGAGUACGGGCAACCCUGACGGUGGAGCAUUUGCGGGUUUCAUGGAAUAAAGGAACAACACCGUAUCUAUGGGCACUUGCAAGUCUGGUACGUCCACGACUCACGCGGUACCCGCCCCGUGCUAUACGCAUUCCUCGGCCACGGCAGUCGAUUUAUACUGAGCCGACAAACGCGUGGCUGUAUUUCGACGGUCCUAUGAGCGCGUUGCGUGAACAAACCUGCAUUGUCCUUGACAUUCCCGGGGGCGGGUUUGUUUCUAUGACACCUCGGCACUCUGAAGAUCGACUACUGGCGUGGGCCGGAAAGACCAAGCUCCCGAUAUUGAGUCUUAACUAUAAAAAGGCGCCAGAGUACCCGUACCCGUACGCAUUGAACGAAUGCUAUGAUGUCUAUCACUCAAUUUUUACCACUCGUGGUCGUUGCUUAGGGUUGGCCGGGGAUGUGCCGCCUCGCAUAAUCCUCACGGGUGACAGCGCCGGCGCCAAUCUUGCCGUAGGCACAGCUCUGAUGGUUCUUCAAUCUAGUGAUCGUAGACCAUCUCUUGCGCAAGGCCAAAGCUCGCUUCCAGCGCCAGAUGGUUUAGUCCUCUCGUACCCAGCGCUGAACAUGAAGAUUGAAAGUUGGAUGAGUGAAGAACAUGUGGCAUUAAUCCAAGACAAAAGCACGAAUCGGAGUGUCGUGCAAAGAAAAGACAUGGACUAUAAGCGACUGACGCCAUUCGCUACCCCAGGUGCUUCUUCUGACGACUUGCAAAAGAAUUCGUAUCUUUCAGAACCGGAUCUAGAAACAGGGGCUCUAGUGGAGGAAGCCAAGGGCUCGAAAAUAGACGAAGAUGAGGAAGCUCUGGAUAUGCAGACUGCCUAUCUUGCAAAUAAUCAGCCAAAGAAGAUCCAAACCAGACUGGCGGUGUCGUCGAUGAUUUCAUAUGUCAACGACAGGAUUCUGUCGCCGGAGAUGAUGAGGGCAAUGGUGAUCCUCUACAUUGGGCCUCACAACCGCCCCGACUUUAAUACAGAUUAUCUACUAUCUCCAGUUCUUGCGCCCGAAGCCCUCCUCGCCCAAUUCCCCAAGACAUAUAUCAUCACCGGAGAGCGGGAUCCAUUGGUGGACGACACAGUGGUGUUCGCGGGACGGCUAAGGCAGGCAAAGCUGCGUCGAUUCCAGGAGCGGCAGGAACUAGGUCUCGAGAAAUCGCAGCGCAGAUUCAACGAGAAAGACUAUGUGGAGGUUUCCUUACUCCCUGGAAUCUCUCACGGCUUCAUGCAAAUGGCCGGCUUCUUUCCCGACAGCUGGAAGCAUAUCUACCGCUGUGCUGCCUGGAUUCAGACGCUAGUGGACAUGGCAAAUAUCAAGAAGUCAUCUCCCAGCACCAGCAGUCGCAACCUUUCUAACAGUCAUACCUCAAAAUCCGACUUCAAUCAGGCUACUCGCCCUAGCCACAAACGCACAUUGACUGGUGAAUCCUCCGCGGACGAAGAUAAGCCACUUGAAAUGAGCAUAGGGAAAAUGGGCCCUCUAACUCCCAUGGUUUGCAACAGUACGGAGGGCGACAGCGAUGGUCAUGUACCCACCCCAAUGGUUGAGGCCGAGACUGAGACCGAGGUGGAAACCGAGCAGUCACCCCGGACUAGCGACAUAACUACCUCCAGCAGUAAGGCGGACGAUCAAAAGAGUACCGGUGGGCGCAGGCCUCGAGGCAGGCAUGCUCGGUCCACAGGCCUUGGCAGACGGCGGACAUUUGCACCAUCAAACAUUAACAUCGCCCCUGAAUGGGCGUCUGACCCUGUGAGUCCCAUGCGGCCGAGAGAGUCCAGUUUGUGCAGCUUGCCGAGCGAGGAGGAUCUCUUGCGCCGCCGGAUGUCCGGGCUGGCUGGCGGGUUGAUGGGAAUUGGUGAGGGAGCAAGGACACCGUGA